GCUCCUUCGUGAACGUGCCCCCACCAAACCGACGUUUCCCGUAAGGUUAGUGGAAGCAUCUGUCAAACCGAUCACAACAGCGGUGGCUUGCUCCUGCUAAAAUUACUAUAAUCGCCCGGAAACCCCAUCGAUACCUACUCUCGAGAUAAUCCUCCAAGUACAGCAUCUCGCGGCAGUGCUAGCGAACGUUCCGACACAGGAUUCAGAUAAAUCCCAUCAUGCGUCGUCGAGAGAUCCAGAGCUUCACCCUCAAGCUGAGCGACCUCAAGGAGUACGAUGCGGCCAAACAGCAGCGGCUGGCGGCACGUGCCAACAAAGACGGCUCCACAGCAGCUGGCUCGACGACGGUUGGACCAGACGAAGUGGACCCGAUGAAGACCCCCGAGGUUACGAUGUCCACUCUGCCGAAGCUGGGCGGCGAGCCAAAAACAAAGCAGGAAAUCCGCGCCCGUAUAGGGUUUCCCACGGAUUUGGCUUUGGAGUAAGUUUUUUUUUGUUUGUAAUUUAUUUGUAUGAAAAAAAAAUGGAAACAUAAAUAAUACUGUUAUUGUUUGACAUUCCACAC